GGCAGUUAAUCACCAGCACUAACUGUCUUCUCCUCUCUGAAUCUGUUUUCCAGUUUGAAUUUGAGUGCCGGGCUCGUGGUGCUGAUAUCUUGGCCUACCCCCCUGUUGUAGCUGGUGGCAAUAGAUCAAACACUUUGCACUAUGUGAAGAACAAUCAGCUCAUCAAGGAUGGUGAACUGGUCUUGCUAGAUGGUGGAUGUGAGUCUUCCUGCUACGUAAGCGACAUCACACGAACCUGGCCCGUCAAUGGAAGGUUCACCAAACCUCAAGCAGAACUAUACCAGGCUGUCCUGGACAUCCAGAAGUCCUGUCUGAGCCUCUGCUCCCCAGGUGUGAGUCUGGAAAAUAUCUACAGCCUCAUGUUGAGCCUUAUUGGACAGAAACUGAAAGAUUUGGGGAUCCUAAAGAGCAGUGUCACUGAGAGCCAAUUCUUUAAGGCUGUUCGAAAGUACUGCCCACAUCAUGUGGGCCACUACCUGGGCAUGGAUGUUCACGAUACCCCAGAUAUGUCCCGAUCGCUCCCACUCCAGCCAGGCAUGGUGAUAACCAUUGAACCAGGCCUAUAUAUCCCUGAAGAUGACAUGAAUGCCCCGGAGAGGUUUCGUGGCAUUGGUGUGCGCAUUGAGGAUGAUGUUGUGAUAGCAGAAGAUUCGCCUCUCAUCUUGUCUGCUGACUGUCCCAAGGAGAUCUAUGACAUCGAGCAGAUCUGUGGCCGCAGCUCAUGAUGACCCUCCUCUGCCUCUUGCAUUCUUCUUGGGAGGCGCACGCCUCCAGGGAUGUGGAUCUCUGUGACUGGCUGUACUUGUUGAGUGAUGGAAGGUGUGGACUGUUGAUGGCUAUUUCCAAACCUGAGACUGGGAAGUAGAAUGCAAAACACUUAGGCACCGAGGGCUGAAAAUCAAAGCAGUCUUUUCUGUGUGCAUUUUCCUUCUGAUUUCCUUUUAGCUGUUGUAGAAUAUGGGGGUGAAUUCAUCCCUCUGAUAUGUGGAUCCAUCGGUUCUGGUGCCCUUGGAUGGGUUUUGUGAGUGCCACCACCAGGGCUUCUGCCUGGUUCCCCUACAUAUGUGUAGGUGCAGCUGCUGAGGGCCCUUUAGCAGUAGUUUCACAACAGUCAGUUUUUAAAUCUUUGAAAAAUGCUGUUUUGGGGGAAUAAGGUUGUGUCAGACACAUUUACCUUUAGAGAGCCCUGGAAGAAAGGAUUUUGGUAGUCAGGAAGAUGGGUUUGGUUGGCAGGUAGUUUUACCUGAAGCCUUUGCAGAAAGCUUUUAGUAUUCUAAGGGUAAGGACAUGCUUGGACCUUGUUCAAGAAGAUGCAAAAUGGGCCAACAGCAGGGAAAAACAUCUCAUCUGGUCCUUCAGCUAUUUGAAGUGUUUGGUAAUUUUAGAGAGUACUAAUAGGGCUCAGGAGGUUGUACACACCCAUUCUUGCUGUCUUCCACAUUCCCUUCUUUUUAUCCCAAGCUCCUGUUCUGAGCCCACCACUGCCCUGGGAAGCUAGGGCCAUGUUGGCUGUGCUGGGCUCCACUGGGAAGCUGCUGGUUGUCACCCAGAUGUGAAAUGUUCAAUUCUGGGACAGUCAUGGCACCUUUCUGGUUUAUGCUGUAAGUGCCAGCAACUUCAGCUGUGCAUUUUUCAAGAGACUGCAGUAUGGGAAGUCACAAGUCUUUUUACAGCUUUUGUGAAAUAAUUCUCCUUUUCAGAACACCGAGGGCAUAAUCACUGCUGCCUUUUGGGUUUUGCCCAGUGUCAGUAGGUAAUGCUAUGUGAUUAUAUUUUCAAGGCAGCUGCAAGCGCGGUUUGUGGCCAGGAUGGAUGAGGAGUAAAGAGACUUGUCUUUUGUCAGCAUCAACCUACAACUCAAGCCAUUGUAUGCCAUAGUAAAUAUACCUACUUGAGGCAAAUGUGGUGUCUGUGUAUUUCCUGAAGAUAUUUUGACAAUCAAUUGUUUAACGUGUGAAAAAUGCCUCUAA